AUGGCCCUGGGCGAGCGCCGCGCGCUUGUCGCACCGAUCGAUUGGCGCGGCCGGAGCCUGAUCAUGGACCCGACGACGUUUGAGGUGCAGAGUCUCUUUUACCACAAUGCAUAUGCGGGGUGCGUGGCUCUUGCACAGAAGCAUGCGCCCAACGGCAUUGUGGACGACGCCAGCCUGUUGCAGCUUGUGUAUGCGGCUCGCGCGGCACUGGCGAUGAACGACGUGCCGGGCGCUCGCCAGCUUCUCGGUGAGGAUGCCGAGCAUCCUGUCGCCAUGUCAGUGCUGCUGCUUGCAGAUCUAAAGGAGAUGAAGUCUCUCGAUGAUGACGCCGGGAUGGCGGAUGUGCUCGAGCAGAUGACAACGCUUCUGGAUGUUGUCGAGCCGGGUGAGUUGUCGAGCGAGAUUGUGCGCUGCAACGUGGGUCUGGCCCUGUACGAAAGCGGAGACAAGGAGAAGGCCCUUCACACGCUCCAAGUGACGGGGCAGGGCGGUAGCACAGAGCUGGAGUGUGUCGCGCUUGGUGUGCACAUUCUCCUUUCGAUGCACCGCGUAGACCUCGCCGAGGCCGAAUACCUCGCAGCGCGGCAGGUCAGCGACGACUCUCUGCUUGUCCAGUACAUGGAGGCGUGGAUCGGACUAGUGCGUGGUGGCCGCGCGACGCAGCAAGCGUACUAUGUGUAUGAUGAAAUGAGCCAGAACACGACCAUUGCGCACACGGCUCACCAGGUGCCUGCGCUCGUCGGCAAGGCGGUGGCCCAGGCCGCGCAGGCUCACCCUUCUGAGGCUACUGCGACACUCAACGAUGCCGUACAGCUUGACGCAGCAUUCCCCCUUGUGGGUGCAAACCAAGCUGUACUAGCAGCACUCUCGGCCCCUACGAGCUCCGCGGACGCCGAAGCACUGGCCCGGCAGCACGCGCAGGCACAACCGGCGUCGGAGCUGGCUCAACUCUGGGACACGAAGCGGCACGAAUUGGAGGAGGCACUGGCUGCCAUGGCGUAA